CUGAUCAACGAGUUUGAACAAGCAAACGGCAAACCGAUGCCGCCUUCUCUCCCUCUUCUCACCCCGACGAGUCUGGGCCUCCUCCACCGCUUCCUAGCCUCGCCCUCCUCGGCGCCUCCGCCGCUGCCCGUGCUCCUCCGCCUGCACGCUCUCGCUGCCACCUCGGGCCUCUGUUCGCGCCCCGACUUCGCCGCCAAGCUCGUCUCCGCCUACUCCUCCUCCGGCCGCCCCAGCCUCGCCGCCCUCGCCUUCUCCGCCUCCCCCUGCCCCGACACCUUCCUCUGGAACUCCCUCCUCCGCUCCCACCAUUGCGCCUCCGACUUCGCGUCCGCGCUCUCCGCCCACCGCCGCAUGUGCGCCUCUGGCGCGCGGCCCUCCCGGUUCACCGCGCCCAUCGCCGCCUCCGCGGCCGCUGAGCUCGCGGCCCUCCCGGUCGGCUCCUCCGUGCACGCCUACUCCGUCAAGCUCGGCCUCCUGGUAGGCGAUGGGUCCCUCGCGGUCUCGUCGUCGCUGGUGUACAUGUAUGCCAAGUGUGGCCGCAUUGACGACGCUACGAAGCUGUUCGACGAAAUGGCUGACAGGGACGUGAUCACGUGGACCGCAGUGGUCUCUGGGUGCGUUCGGAAUGACGAGUGUGAGAAGGGGAUGAGAUACUUGGUGCAGAUGGUUAGGCUAGCGGGUGAUGGCGGGGCGAGGCCAAAUUCACGGACAGUGGAGAGUGGGUUGGAGGCUUGUGGAGUGAUAGGCGAGCUGUCUGCUGGGAGAUGCUUGCACGGGUACACGGUGAAGGAAGGGAUUGGAGAUUGUGCGUUGGUGGUUUCCGCGCUUUUCUCAAUGUACUCAAAGUGCAAUAGGACUGAGGAUGUAUGUGUUUUAUUCCCGGAGUUGCCAGAAAAAGAUGUGGUUACCUGGACUAGCUUGAUUGGAGCCUAUUGUAGGAGAGGACUUGAUAGGGAGGCCGUGGAGUUGUUCCAGGAGAUGGAGGUGUCUGGUCUGCAGCCAGAUGAAGUUCUUGUUAGCUGUGUACUUUCAGGGUUAGGGAACAGUGGAAAUGUGCGUAGGGGGAAGGCAUUUCAUGCAGCUAUAAUUAAGAGAAACUUUGGAGACAAUUUGUUGGUUGCCAAUGCUUUGAUUUCAAUGUACGGGAAACUUGAGUUGGUAGAUGCUGCAGGCAAAGUUUUUGGAGUUUUGCAUCAACGAGAUGCAGAAUCAUGGAGUUUGAUGGUUGUAUUGUACUGCAAAGCUGGACUUGAUGUCAAAUGCUUGGAGUUGUGCCGAGAAAUGCAUUGCAGAGAUCAUGAUGAAUUUUUAUGUGAUAUCAACAGCUUGGUUUCCACAAUCUCUUCUUGUUCACGGCUAGGAAAACUGCGGUUAGGUCAAUCAGCUCAUUGUUUUUCGAUCAAGUGCUUACUUGAUGAAAUUUCAGUUGCCAAUGCAUUAAUUGGCAUGUAUGGAAGAUGUGGGAAAUUUGACCUUGCAUACAAAAUAUUUGGUGUGGCCAAAGUGAGGAGGGAUGUUGUCACCUGGAAUGCACUCCUAUCCAGCUAUUCACAUCUAGGACAUUCAAAUGAUGCCUUGUCACUAUAUGAUCAGAUGCUCACUGAAGGUGUCCAACCAAACUCUGCAACCUUGAUUACUGUCAUUUCAGCUUGUGCAAAUUUGGCUGCACUGGAACAUGGUGAACUGAUACAUUCUUAUGUGAAAGAUAUGGGGUUGGAAUCGGAUGUAUCUAUUAGUACAUCACUUGUUGACAUGUAUACUAAAUGUGGGCAGCUAGGGAUUGCAAGAGGAAUUUUUGAUUCUAUGCUCGUGCGGGAUGUUGUUACAUGGAAUGUGAUGAUAGCAGGCUAUAGGAUGCAUGGCGAUGUGAAGCAAGCACUGCAGUUAUUUAGUGAGAUGGAAAGAGGAAGUAUUGAGCCUAACAGUGUCAGUUUUCUUGCCAUUCUGUCUGCUUGCUGCCAUGCAGGGUAUGUUGAUGAGGGCAGGAAGCUGUUCAUCAGAAUGGGGGAAUACUGCCUUGAACCUAACCUGAAGCAUUACGCAUGUAUGGUGGAUCUCCUAGGGAAAUCUGGGCAUCUUCAAGAAGCAGAAGAUAUGAUUUUGGCUAUGCCAAUACAACCUGAUGGUGGGGUAUGGGGAACUUUGCUUAGUGCCUGCAAAAUGCAUGACAAUUUCGAGAUGGGGUUGAGAGUUGCAAAGAAGGCUUUUGCUUCUGACCCAGGAAAUGAUGGGUACUAUAUUUUAAUGUCCAAUUCAUAUGGCAGUGCUGAAAAAUGGGAAGAGAUAGAGAAACUAAGAGACACGAUGAAGAAUCAUGGAGUGGAAAAAGGUGUGGGCUGGAGUGCGGUUGAUAUUUGGGUGUGAGUUAACAGUUAUGGCAUAACUACAGCCGAGACUGUAGAAGGGUAAAUAACUAAUUGACCACAUUAGCUCAUUUACAUAAACUUUGGAAUCAGCUUAGAGAUAUAAUGACCGGCUGACUGCUACCGGUGCAAAUGGUUAAGGUCGGUUGCAAGAGCCAAGAAGUCUGUGAAUUAUGCAUCCAUUGUGCAUUUAUCUUCUUCAAUAGUCUGUCUCAUUAGAGCGUGGUGGCAAAAGUCCUCUUAUUAUCCAAGAUGAUGUUGCUAAUAUUGGCAAAGGUCCUCCUGGCUGUUUUGGACAUCAUGCUAUUUUCCAAUACAUGACAUGAUGAUUCACACUUCUGCAGAAGAAAUUUGUCUAGCGAAUUUCAUAUAGGCCAUUUGGAUGAGCAAAAGUGUAUGAAAAAUGUUCAGAACCACUGGAAGAAGAUA